AUGCCACGCAAGAUAGAUUUUCGUCUUCUCCCAAUCCUCACGGUCAUAUACAUGUGGUCUCUCAUUGACCGUACCAAUAUCGGAGUCGCCAGGAUUUCUGGAAUCGAUGAAAAGCUUGGUCUCAAUAUCUCGAACCGUGCUUCUGUCGCCAAAUAUACACUGACGUUGGAUGAUAAUCAAGCCCUGAUUGUGUACUUGGGAUACGCCAUCGUUGAGCUCCCUAGCAACAUCGCCCUGCGGAAAUUUGGCGCCGCCAAUUGGAUCUCCUUCCUCUGCCUGGGAUGGGGGUUCUUGACCUUUGGGAUCGGAUUCAGCAAGAGUUAUUCCGAUCUAGUCAUCAUGCGAGCAUUCUUGGGAGCAUUUGAAGGCGGAUUGGUUCCAGGUUUGCUGUACCUGCUUGCCUCGUGGUAUAGACCUUAUGAAGUCCAGAAAAGGCUUGCUGCAUUCUUUCUCACCGGCAGCUUUCUAGCCUCCUUUGCCAGUAUUCUGGCAUAUGGUUUGAUUCAAGUAGCAGACGAUCCGGCCAAUGGAGGUUGGAAGUGGAUCUACAUCAUUGAAGGUUGUCUCACCAUUGGAGUUGCCAUCGUAUCACGAUUCAUACUUCUCGACUUUCCCGACUCCAAGCGGAACAAAUUUCUCUCUCCCGAGCUACAGGCUUGCCUCAGAAACCGCCUGUUGCGUGAACGAGGAGAGGCUGAAAGCCCCAAGGUGACUUGGUCCGUUAUCAAGGAUACCUUGAUGAGCUGGCCGGUCUGGUCGGGGGCGUACCUCUUCUUCGCCGGCUCUGCAUCCAGCUAUGGUUUCUUGAUCUUCCUACCUCUCAUUCUUCGUAACGGCCUCGGAUACUCCCUGGCAGCGUCGUUCUGCCUGACAACGCCACCCGCUGCGUUGUCCAUCAUCACGGGCUACACCACCGCUUGGCUUUCGGACAAAUAUCACAUACGAGGACCGUUUGUGAUUUUCCACUCCCUGCUCUCCGUGGUCGGGCUCGCGAUGAUGGCUUUCUUAAACAGUCCCACCCCUCGCUACGUCGGUUCCUUCUUGGGCUACAGUGGCACCUACGGGGUCAUCAUCACCGGACAGGCUUGGGGCCAGAACAAUAUCCGCAGCGACGCGAAACGAGCAGUCGGCACCGUCAUCCAGGUUGUUUGUGCGGCCAUUGGAGGAAUAUAUUCUGCCCUGGUCUUUAGACAACAGGACGCACCGAAUUACAUUCCAGGAAUGAUCGCCACGUUGCUGGCUAUCGGUCUGGCGGCCGUUGUCGCCCCCGUCAGCAUGUUCUUCUUCCGACGGGAGAACAGGCUUGCCGAUGCUGGCUUGAAGGUCCUUGAAGGUGCCGAGGGCUUUAGGUAUACCUUGUAG